UAGUAGUAAAAGGAGGGGCAAAAUAGUAAAAGAGGAAAGGGUUAAAUGUGAUUAAUAAGAGGAAUGAAAAUCAGAAUUUUUCAUCAUAUCUCUCUUAUUUUCUCAGACGCCCAUCCUCUCUUCUUCACCUUGGCCAUCACCUUCAAAUUCCUUCCUCACCAAUCCCUCAAAAUCAAGCACGUGCAUGAAUGAAAAUCAUAAACCCAUCAUCAAAGAAACCUAUUUCCGGUAAUAUUUUGCUCAAAUUCUCCAUUUUCCCUCCUGUUUAGAAUCAACCCAAAAACCCCCACAUUUCUAUUCUUCAAACCCUCCUACUGCAUGUACGAAAUUCUCAUGAGAAUCAAGCUUUGGAUGUCUAGAAACUGAGGGUGGACCCUGCGGGUUUGACAUAUGUGAGCCAUACAAACCGUAGGAAAGCUUGGAAAGAAAUUGAAGAAUAAGCAUAAGCUGAAGCAAGAAUGUAGGAGCUUGAGACUUAAAGUUUGGAGAUAAGCUAAUGAAAGCAAGGUCUCUAUGAUGUUUAUGCAUAUUGGGCUGACAAGAACAAAUUCUACUCUCGAUUACUAUGCCUUUUCAGCUUACCGCAAGUUAUAUGCCUAUAAAUAGUCCUUGUCUCUCUAUCACUUGCAAUGCUUUAUUGAAUUGCCACCUUACAAACUUCUUCAGCACACAUGGGUUAUGUGGGAUCGUUUGAGCUGAAUGGAGUACACAUCAAGACCAGAGCAACAUCCGAUGAGCAAAAGAUUGAGAAUCAUAUAAGAUCGUUCUUGCAUCGUUCUAACAAUCAUCGAACCAAAGUUAUCGGGCUUGAUGCUGAAUGGCUUCUGUUACAUGGCACGGAGCCAGGAACAGUUACCAAAUCCAAAUGUGCAACACUGCAGUUCUGUGAUGGACACUCGUGUCUUAUCAUUCACCUAAAUGGUUUCAAUUGCUUUGAGAGUUGGGCAUAUGAUUCUGUCCACAAAUCACUGCUUAAUUUUCUUCGUCUCCCAAAUGUUACAUUUGUUGGAGUUGGAAUCAAAGAGAAUUUGGCUAAGUUGGAGAAGCAGUAUGGAUUUGGAUGUAGAAAUGCUGUUGAACUUGGACCCUUUGCUGCAAGUGUUAUGAAGAGGCCUCAUUUGAGUUUUUGUGGUGUUGAUGAAUUAGCUUUUGUGGUAUGUAAACUUGAUUUACGGAAGUACAGGCCUUUAAAAACGGUGUAUGACUGGGGUUGCCUAAGCAAAGAACUUGCCAAACUUGCUACUGUUAAUGUUUAUUCUUAUUACAAGAUUGGGAGCAAAUUGCUUCAAUGUGAUGUUGCAGGUGGGCGUAAUGCUGCAAAUGGAUCCUCUCAAGCGGUUGCAAGAAAGAGAAACAAAAAUAAGAAGGUUGUUAAUGGUACCUCUCAAACAGGUGCAAGAAAGAAAAGCAAAGAUAAAGAGAAGAAAGAUGUAAGUGGCAACUCUCAAGCAGUCGCGAGAAAGAGAAAGAGAAAAGGUAAUGGAGAGAAGGAUUAAUGAGAAAGAUAAGAGCCUAAAGAGGAAGAAUUAGAGGCCCGGGUUGGAUAACGACAAAGAAUUAUUUGAGCCCCAAAUCAGUAAUCCUGUUAUGCUUCUCGUUUGUUUUUGUUUAAUAGUACUAAUUAACUCGAUGGUUUAGUUUAUCAGUAUUGUAUAUGCCGUAUUUUUACUGUAACUGCUGUACUCUGUUAACUUAAUUCAACAUAGCAGAGGCAAACUUUGUUUGGAUAUUA